AUCACCCUCUUCCUCCUCCUCUUCCUCCUCCUCCUCCAAGGAGGGAGGUGGCCGAGGAUCUGGCUCUUGCUGCUGGGUGGGUAGAUUCCCUCCUCAGCCGAAGGAAAGGGAGGGGGAGCAUCUGCUGAUGGUUUGCUGGGAAGCAGCCUUGGUGGAGGGGGAAAUGGAUCCAGAUCGCCCCUCCCUCACCUUUCAGCGUCUCUUCUUGGCUUCACCCCGGACUGCCCAAGGAGCUAAGGAGAAGAUGUAAUGUCACCUUGCAGACGUCACAACAUGUUGGAUUGAAAGAAAUAAAAAAAAUGGAUAUUUCAAUUUGAAAAAGGAUUCUCACGCACAGAUUCGCAAUUGCAAACAGCCAUGUCCAAAAAAGGACGCAGCAAGGCUGAAAAGCCUGAAGUACUGAUUAUGUCCUUACAAGCAGCCAAUGAAGAUCUCAGGACUAAGCUGACGGAUAUUCAAAUUGAGCUUCAUCAAGAGAAGUCUAAAGUGAACAAACUUGAAAGGGAAAAAAUCCAAGAAACAAAGCGGAUCCGGGAAUUAGAGCAACGCAAACAGACAGUGCAGAUCACUGAACUCAAAGCUAAACUCCAUGAGGAGAAGAUGAAGGAGCUACAAGCUGUCCGGGAAAACCUUAUCAAACAGCAUGAGCAAGAAAUGGCACGAACAAUGAAAAUCAGAGACAGUGAAAUCCAGAGACUCAAGUCAGCACUGUAUGCAUUGCGGGAAGGGACCAGUGAUAAAGUACGGACAGCCCUGAGCAUUGAGGCUCGUGAAGAGGCCAGGAAACAAUUUGACUCUGAGCGCCUUAAACUUUUGCAAGAAAUUACUGAACUGAAGUCUGCCAAGAAGCAGGUGGACGAAGCCCUGAAUAACAUGAUCCAAGCUGAUAAGAUAAAAGCCGGGGAUCUCCGGAGUGAGCAUCAGUCCCACCAGGAGGCAAUCUCUAAGAUCAAGUGGGAGAGUGAGAGGGAUAUUCGCAGGCUGAUGGAUGAGAUCAAAGCAAAAGACAGAACUAUCUUUUCUUUGGAGAAAGAGCUGGAGACCCUGACAGGAUAUGUUCAGAAGCUUCAGCUACAGAAAGAAGCAUUGGAUGAACAACUGUUUUUGGUUAAGGAGGCUGAAUGCAACAUGAGCAGUCCCAAAAGAGAGAUCCCAGGCAGAGCAGGAGAUGGCUCGGAACACUGCAGCAGUCCUGAUCUACGUAGAAAUCAGAAGAGAAUGGCAGAACUCAAUGCUACUAUUCGGAAACUUGAGGAUAGGAACACUCUGCUUGUGGAUGAACGUAAUGAAUUGUUGAAACGUGUUCGAGAAGCUGAAAAACAAUGCAAACCUCUUCUGGAAAGAAAUAAGUGCCUCUCUAAAAGAAAUGAUGAACUCAUGCAGUCAUUGCAACGCAUGGAGGAGAAACUUAAAGCAAUCACUAAGGAAAAUUUAGAGAUGAAAGAAAAAAUGGUAUCACAUCCUCCUCUGAAGAAAUUAAAAUCGCUGAAUGAUCUUGAUCAAGCAAAUGAAGAACAAGAAACCGAAUUUUUGAAGCUCCAGGUUAUAGAACAACAAAACAUAAUUGAUGAGCUGACAAGAGAUAGAGAAAAACUUAUUCGACGGAGGAAGCAUAAAAGAAGUUCAAAGCCAAUUAAGAGGCAUGUUCUGGACACAGUUUAUGGGGGUGAUGAUGAUUCCAUGGACUCCGAAACAUCAUCCAUGGCUUCAUUCAGGACAGACAGAACACCAGCAACACCAGAUGAAGAUCUAGAUGAAAGCUUAGCAGCUGAAGAAUCAGAGUUGCGAUUUAGACAAUUAACAAAAGAAUAUCAGGCCCUGCAGAGAGCCUAUGCGUUACUGCAAGAGCAAACUGGGGGUAUAAUAGAUGCAGAAAGAGAAGCCAAGGCACAGGAGCAACUCCAAGCUGAAGUCCAGAGAUAUAGAGCAAAAAUAGAAGAUCUUGAAAAAACAUUGGCCCAGAAAGGACAGGACUCACACUGGGUAGAAGAUAAACAACUUUUUAUUAAGAGGAAUCAAGAGCUUUUGGAUAAGAUAGAAAAAUUGGAAGUAGAGAACAAUCGACUGCAACAGGAGCUGCAGGAUGCCAGAGAUCAGAAUGAACUCUUGGAAUUUCGAAAUCUAGAACUUGAGGAAAGAGAAAGAAGAUCUCCACCUUUUAAUCUGCAAAUCCAUCCAUUCUCUGAUGGUGUAAGCGCUCUACAAAUCUACUGUAUGAAAGAAGGUGUCAAGGAUGUUAGCAUUCCAGACCUUAUAAAGCAGUUAGACAUCUUGGGUGACAAUGGGAAUUUGAGAAAUGAAGAACAAGUGGCUAUAAUUCAAGCCAGUACUGUCUUAUCUCUGGCAGAAAAGUGGAUACAGCAGAUUGAGGGGGCUGAAGCAGCUCUGCACCAGAAGAUGAUGGAAUUGGAAAGUGACAUGGAGCAGUUCUGUAAAAUAAAAGGUUAUCUGGAAGAAGAACUGGACUACAGGAAACAAGCUCUUGAUCAAGCCUAUAUGAGAAUCCAAGAGCUUGAGGCUACCCUUUACAAUGCUUUGCAACAAGAAACGGUGAUAAAGUUUGGAGAAUUGCUGAGUGAAAAGCAGCAGGAAGAACUUCGAACUGCUGUAGAGAAACUGCGAAGGCAAAUGCUGAGGAAAAGCAGAGAAUAUGACUGUCAGAUCCUCCAAGAGAGAAUGGAAUUGCUUCAACAGGCACAUCAGAGGAUCCGAGAUUUAGAAGAUAAAACAGACAUCCAGAAGAGACAGAUAAAGGAUUUGGAAGAAAAGAAUGAUCACCAACACAGAAAAGUCCUGAGAGGGCAGAUGCUUCCAAACCCACAAAAAAAAAAUAUCACCACUGUUUACAACUACUUUAAAACAAAGCAACUCUCUGCAAUCAAGACCACUCCCACCAUGCAGUUUAAAGCCAUUAUUCAAAAUUUGUUACUUGACAGUUCCUGUCUGAAGCUACAAUAUCAGCUGCACUUAAGGAAAUUCUGUGAGGAGGAAGAGUAUAUCCCAGCAACAUACAUCACUAGGUUUAUUUUUAAAAAAAAUCAGCAAGAAGCCACAUUCAGCAGAUUGAGUAAAAGUAUGUCAGGCAAGGAACCAAAGUGACUACAGACUAUCAAUCCCUGCUGUGCAGGGGGAUUAUUUUAAACAAAAAACAUCAACUUAUCAUGAAAGUCUUCAAUAAUUGAGGGGACAAAGUAUUUAGAGUUCUAAGAGGACCAUUACGAUAAUAUCCAUUUGGAGAAAAAAAAAAUUGGCUUUCUUAAUACAGGGACACUUUUUUUCUGUUUUUAAACUCAGGAACAAUGACAGCUGCAAUGUGAACAAAAGACUCUUGUUUUUGUUUCAAACUGGGUGAGACAACAGGAUAGAUAUAAUUGACAUUAACCUACUGCUGCCUGCUGGAUCAAGGAUGAUCAGGCCUAGUGAGAGUGACUGACGGUGCUUGUGAGGACCAAUGCUGUAGUCUUAUGAAAACCGUCCAUGAAGAACUGUGUGCUAGAAAUGUAUGUUACGUCAAACGAAGAACUCUUCCAAGAAUGCCACACUAAUUAAACUAGCUGCUUAAUAUCUAUUCAGGAACUGGGAUAGAAGGGUAAGAAACAAUGGCAUCUGAGAAGAAGCGAACACCUUUAGUGAGACUUCAGCUUCACAAAAUUUCGUCCUUGACUUCAUUCAGCAGUUAAUGUACUAGCGAAAUAAGCAUUUUGUUUUCCCUCAUUGUGUUUGUUUUCUUCACUGGCUGCAAGAAUCAUAAUGAGGGCUAAUCUCUUGAUUAGCAAGCCUGCACAGUAAAAAUGCAAAUUUAUUUUGUGAGAAUAGGUCUGAAAUUAGCAUUAAGGUCCACCUGAAUGCAGCCAUUCUUUUCUAGGUGACAAGGUGUUACAUUCAAUUUUGAUGGUUUUCUUUGUGGAAGUAUCUCUUGGUCAUGCAAAUGCUCAUCUGAAAUCACUGGCUUGUAUUUGGGGGAGGGGGGAAUCCCAUUUACUAGUCCCAUGCAUAAUGGGGUCACUGCACUUAAGGCAGCAGGAGAGCUUAGUGGAGAUUAGUAUCCUAAAAAUACUGCUCCUAAAAAUCCUCACUGCCCAAUUUUUCAAUUUGUACUCUCCUCUUAGGCUACCACAUCUGGGCUGUAAAAAUCCAAAUGACCAAUCAAAUGGCAACAAAGAGUCUUCUGCAUUUCUUUGCUUGGAUUUUUUUUUAAUCUACAGCACAGAUAUGGUAGAUUUGUUUAUUCCCCCUAUAGAUAACAAGGGUUGGACGGUCACCCAUGAACCGGCAUAAUUUAAUUACAUUUAAAAAUAAAAGAAUCUUACUUUUCUUCUGGAUAUUUGUUCCUGAACUCUCAUCAAUAAUAACAGCACCUAUCUUUAAAGAUGUACUUUAUGUGCUGCUUAGCACUCAAAAUCAGUCUGAAGUCAUCUAGCAAAAUCUCUUCCAAUCUGAGAUUGGAAUGCCUAAAUCUUUGAGCAUCUACUGCUUGGUCACCAUCAUGCCUGAUUUGAUAAUCCAAACACAUUACUUAGCCUUAUAUUUACCCAUACCUGGCCUCAUAUCUGCUCUUUAAAAAUCCAUCUGUUCCUAGCACUUGCUUGGGGUCACAGGUAGUUUGGUGUGCUUUGCCUCUGAGUAAUCAUUAGAGGGUCAGGCAAACCUUGGAAAUAUUUAUCUAUGGGACCCUUUCAGAUACUUUAAAUUUUAAGCUAAUGAUAUACGCCAGAGGUUUCCAACCUUGGCAACUUUAAGACUUGUGGACUUCAACUUCCAGAAUUCCUCAGCUUUGGCUGAGAAAUUUUGGGAAUUGAAGUCCACAAGUCUUAAACUUGCCAAGGUUGGAGACCCCUGGUAUAGGCCACACAAGUAGUAUUUAGCCAUCCAAGAAAAGGCUUGUUAUUUAUCACACAAUUAUGGUAACAGCAGACAACUGGACUACUAAAUGCAGUCUCAUGGCCUGUUCUUUCUCAAGUACAGUUCCGAGUUGAGUCUGUGCAAUCAGUUUUGUUAUAUCAACCAAAGAACAUAUCAGGUUGGUUUUAACAUCUGUCCUCAUUCCAAAGGAGACAAGGAUUCAGCCCUUAUAGUCAAGCAGUUGGUAUGCUGAAGAUUUUGAUACGUAUUGCAUGUCUCAAAGUAUAUACUUAAUAUACUUUGAUAAAUUUACAUCACAUAAUUCCAAAUCCUACUUAGACCCAAACUUUCUUUGCAUUUGUCCCUUCCUUUCAGACUUACAUUGGAUAGGACUACUAAAACAAAAAAUAUAAUAAAGUGAAAAGAGCUACAAGUCAAACUUUGAAUUGCUUAAUGAUAAAUUACUUUUUGGAUUCCAACUUCAAGACAAUUCUUCCACAUCUACCAGUCUGCUCUGAACCUAAGCAUGCAACUAUAGCUGGCUGGGAAAUGUCCUGGCAUGAAAUUGUCCUUGUUAGUUGAGAAUACAUGGUAGGUAGCACACUGCACACAAGCGUACAGUAGUACUGAAAAGUAAAAUAUCUUCCUUUUCUGAUCUUGUUCCUUGAGAAUUCCCUAAUAUUAUCUGUUUUAAAAGAAACAGUUUAUUCAUUCUGUGUUUAUUAUAAUAUACCUUGCAGAAUAUGAUUAGGUUUCCAAAGAGCAACUCUAUAUGAAGCAGUUUAAGAUGAUCUAUUUAUAUAACUUAUUUAUAUAACUUAUUCAGCAAAAUUAAUGCUAAAAAAAACCACUUUUUCUAUCUAGUGACUAACAUUUUUCAUCUGCUUUUGUUCUCCUUUAUCAAAUGAUUCCAGUAAAAAAUUAGGAGGAUGACUUCCUUGGGUCAAAUAUAGUCAGUCUCAAAGGCCUUACAUGGCUGAGUGUUCUUCGCAUCAAGUAAACUUCAGGAAUAAACCACUUUAAUCCUUUGUAACCUAUGAGCAUAUAGGAAAAUAUGCUGACCUAAGUAUUGUUUUUUGUCUUCCCACAAAAUACAUAAAUUCUGUCAGUCAGCACAAGAUUAAGAAAAAGCAUAUGAAGCUUCUCAACAAUACAAUUGUGUUGUGAUUAACAAAAAUAAUUUACAUCAUCAUCACUAUGAGGCUUUUAAGGAGAAUUAUAUUUAAUAAUUUUAUCUUUACAUAGGUCUGCUAAUAUUUAAAUACUUAUUUUCAUUUCUUUUUUUUUUAUAAUUCCCUAGUCUUUGUCAGGAAAAUCCUAGAAGUUACGGAUGAAAUUCAUAAUGACAGAUAUCUAUACAGAGAGUUUAUGGAGAUAUGCGUAGUAGCAUGCUAUUUACCACCUGUACCAUUUCGUAUAUGAUUUGGGAUCCUAAUUGCUAGUUAACAUAUUAUUGCUGUAUUUUUGCUGCCAAGGUGGAGGACAGCAAAUUGGUGAAACUGUCUGCUACAGCCUGGAGGGACCAUAAGCACAUGGACUUGAUAUAUCAUUUGUUGCUCUGGUCCAUCUACCAGGAAGUAGAGGAAAAUGAACCAAAUAAAGUCAUCCAUGCAGCAAUAGCAAUAGCACUUAGAUUUAUAUACUGCUUCAUAGUACUUUGCAGCACUUCCUAAGCGC